CAUACGCCCUCAACGUCGACCUGGCACCUGCAGCCGCUUUCUGGUAAUAUUUCCCCAUCUCCAGAACGUGAAUACGGUCACGCAACAACCCCCCCGGCGGAACCCGAUCAGAUUAUCCAAGAAUCUGCAACAGCUGAUCUGAAAACCCGCUGCCGAGCCAAGACCGACGACAAAUCAAGAAGAUCACGGAACGUGGCCAACGUUGGAGCGAACAGUAUUUUGCUCUUAUUAACUGACAGACUGUGCUUCGAUCUCUAGUCGUUCAAGUCACGCAUUCUCCACCUAAAAGUGAACAAAUACCUCGUCUAUCAACUUAUCGGCAUCCAACAACCCAGAACCAUGGCGCGAACUCCCCAAGAGCUAGCAGAUGAAUGGCUGCGUCUCGACAAAGAUGACUCGACUAGAAACGAGAUCAACAGCCUCCUCAAGCGUGGGGACACGGAUGAGCUGCAGCAACGACUAGGGACCCGGAUUGCUUUUGGAACCGCAGGCCUCCGAGGCCCUAUGAAAGCUGGGUUCGCAUGCAUGAACGCUCUGACCGUCAUUCAAGCCUCACAAGGACUGGCCGCCUACCUUCUCGAGACCGAGGAUGAUGUCCAGCACCGGGGGAUUGUCAUAGGCCGCGAUGCACGCCACAACUCGGAGAAGUUUGCAAAGCUGGCGGCUGCUGCCUUCGUAGCAAAAGGCAUACGUGUGUGGUGGUAUGAGACUCCCAGCCACACUCCCCUGGUCCCAUUCGGAGUGCGGCAUCUCAAUGCUGUCGCCGGGAUCAUGGUCACAGCGAGCCAUAACCCUGCCCAUGACAAUGGAUAUAAAGUCUACUGGUCCAACGGUUGCCAGAUCAUCCCCCCACAUGAUGUGGGGAUCGCGGCUGCUAUUCUCAAGAACCUAGAACCGGUGACCUGGGACACUUCUGUGGUGGACGGCGAGGACGGCGAUGGCUGCUCUCUCUUGGUCGAAGGAUCUCUCAGCCUCGUACAGGACAAGUACUAUGAAGUUGUCUGGACAGCCGUUCUAGGAAAUAGCGAGCAGCCACUAAAGGCACCCGAAAUCAGCUUCGUGUACACACCUCUGCAUGGACUGGGCCUCCUACCUAUGACGCGAACCGUAGAAAUCCUCGACCUUUUCCCAAUUGAGAACAUGCACGUCGUCGAGUCUCAGGCGGAACCUGAUCCAGACUUCCCCACUGUCAAAUUCCCCAAUCCAGAAGAGAAUGGAGCCCUGGAUCUGGCCAAGGCAUUAGCUGACAAGGAGUCCGUAUCCUUGAUUCUCGCAAGCGACCCUGAUGCCGAUCGACUAGCCGUAGCCGAGAAGCACGACGGAGGAUGGCACCAAUACACAGGAAACCAACUUGGCAUCCUACUAGCCUCCUAUCUCCUCGAGGUCCAGGGCCAUACCAGACCUACAAGCGAGCUAGCAAUGCUCGCAUCGACCGUGUCGUCUAGGAUGCUAGCAACUUUGGCUGCCAGAAGAGGAUUCCACUACACGGAGACUCUCACGGGUUUCAAGUGGCUGGGGAACGUGGCUCGUGAUCUCUCUGCUCAGGGCUACAAGGUUAUCUUUGCGUACGAGGAGGCCCUCGGCUAUAUGAUUCCUACUGUGGUCCACGACAAGGACUCGAUCAGUGCUGCUGCGGUCUUCCUGAUGGCAGUAGCAUACUGGAACACAAAGAAUCUCAAGCCUUUUCAGAAGCUUCAGCAGCUCUACGAAGAGCUCGGAUACUUCGAGGAGGCGAACACAUACCUCAUCUCGCCCUCAACCGCCGUCACCAACGAAGUCUUCAGGACAAUUCGGACUCUGCGACAUCCACACCCGACGACACUUGGAAGCAGAAAGAUCCUGGCUUGGAGAGACCUCACGCUCGGAUACGACUCAACGGCAAAGAACCACGUACCGUUUCUGCCUGUAGACAGUACCAGCCAGAUGAUCACGUGCGAUCUGGAUGACCAGGUGCGAUUUACGGUGCGAGGGUCUGGCACGGAGCCGAAGAUCAAGCUGUACAUCGAAUGCCGAGCGUCUACCCGUGCAUCUGCGAGAGCUGGGGCGGACUCGGUCCUGAAGGAUUUGCUGAGCGAGUGGUUUGUUCCCGAGAAGACUGGGCUUCGACUGGCAUGAGGUUUGAGCGGGAUGGGCCACGAGACUGAUCGGGCGUUCGGGAUAGAGCAUCAUUUCCUUGGCAAGACAUGCUAAUGGAUGGGCGGCGAUGUUCGUUGUUCGUUUUCGGAAGAUUCCUAC